AUGAGCUCCCGCGAGGAACGACAAAAGUGUUGGGAUGCCCGCGACGCCUAUUUCGCAUGCCUUGACGGGCUCGGAAUAGUCACUCCUGGGGAGGAGGUUUCAAGAAAGAUGUGCAAGGUAGAAAAGAAGGCAUUCGAGAAGUCAUGCGCGAAAAGUUGGAUUGAACACUUCAACAAACGCCGUGUCAUCGCUGAUGCUCAGAAAGAGAUGCUUGCUGAAGCCGAGAAGCAACGGCUGGAAGCGGAAGCGAAAGACUUCAAACGGGAUCGAUAG